CCACACACUGCUUCUGAAUUGCGCCAACAAGAAGUUGGGGGCAUAACAAGGGCAACGCUCGCUCCUAUCCAAGCCCGACAACCACGAACGCAUUGGGCCGGCUCACCUAGCGUCCUUAGAGAGGGGCCCUAACGCUGUUAAAAUGAAAGGCCGCCCGGUCGACCAACUCGUGUACGAGUGCAUGUUUCCCAAACCCCGGCAAUCGGACCCCCAGAGUUUCCAGGCCCUUCUCGAGCGAUAUCUUAUCCCCGAGGUCCGACAAGAGACGCAUUGUUUCUACGGCCACCUAUCCACGCCCGAAGCCAAGUACCCAGGGCUCGACUACACACAUCCCGUACACCGCAUUCGUCUAAGCCGCUUCCAGUGGCAUCGACGCCUCUUCCGCGCCUUUGAUGGUCUCCGUCUCACCCACGCCGAGAUUUCGAACCUGACGAAGUGGGAAGGUACGAAGUGGGCCAAGGAGCGGUUUGAGCGCGACCAGGGCAUCCGAAUUCGAGACACCGCGGCCGAUGGGCUGCCAAACUAUGUAGACCCCAACGAUCCCUACUCGGCACAAGCACUGCGCACAUGUUCAGAGGCGGCGGACGAUCCGGUAGCGGCACGGGAAGGACACCGGGAGGGCAAUGAGGACGAGGAUGAGGAAAGUGACGAGGAGUUGGAGAGUGUUGGUGUGGAUCUCAACGAGAGGCUUCGUGAGCGCGUCGCCAUGCGGCACAUGUCCGGGGACAACUCGAUGCCGCUCGAUGAGGAGUGGGAGAACUGGUUGAAACACGCCAUAGAGUCAGGAGAGCUGCCUCAUGUGGCAGAUCAGAUUGCCCGGUUUCCGGGGCCGCACAACGCGCUCGAAGAUAUUUUUCCACCGCGAAUGAUGGCCGCCGCCAGAGCUGGUCACUUUGAUGAAAUCCCGGACUUUCUUCACGUCAUGAUCCGGCAAGCCCUCGAAUCCGCGGAAAGGCGAGGUCAGACGUCCACAACCGCGAAUGCAAUUCCCCGACCGCCAAUCAGAUAUACGAACGUGCUGGAUACCUUCGCGAGGGUCACCAUCCGUGGUUCAGAGCAGCGGGGCAGCCGUUCUGGGUUUCGUCCGCCAGAGACCCGCGGUCAUCGUCCAGCACAGCCUGCGAACCGCUCGCAACAGACGGCACAGCCGGGGGCCUGACUUAGAAGAGUCAACUCCUGCAGGCCUCUCCCCGUAUGGCGUUGUUAAGACGACGGGGAACAC